GCACAUUUACUACACUCUGCAGCUCCUUUUAAAGCAUUUAUUUCUAUAUUUUAUGUUCAAAACCUCAUGGAUCCAACCCACACUUUAGAUUCUCCCAUAUGUACAGCUUGUUCAUGAGAGAGAGAGAAAUACAGAAGGGGUCUCACCCUUUUCCUUCCUUUCUUGAGCUCUCAAAGUCAAAAACUAAGCAGUAACAAAAGCUGAGGCGUCUGUUAAUUCUGACUCUGCGACGGAGGCCCACAGUUGAAGAAGAAGAUGAUGAUUCCUGAAUUCACAUGUUGAUGUAAGAGAAGCAAAAACAGGACUGCCCCCUCCCGUCCCCUCUCUCUCUCAUUCAAAAGUCUUUUUUACUGUUGCAUUCAUCUUCUGAUUAUGAUGAGUGCUCCUGUCACAAUCAUCCACUCCAAACCUCAGUUCCAUUCUGAUCUUUUCAAACUCACUGAAAAAUAUGGUAUGGCUACUUCCUCUGCUUCCGCUCUCACCCAUCUAACGACGCCUUCAUAAAAAAAAGAAAAGAAAAAGAAAAAGAAAAAAAGACAACCCAUAUUUGUUUUGUUUGUUUUGGGGGGGCCCUCCGCAUUCAUUUGCGGAACAUGGAUGCUGAGCAAAUCUCCACCGUCGAUCUCACCAUCAAGAUUGCGGCGGCGGACGCAACAGAAAAUUCAUCUCCGUACACCUCGCCGCUGGUGUCCCCACCCUCGUCGGCAUUCGUGUCGGCGCUGCAGUCCCCUUACAUCUCCCCGAGGGCCAACUCCGACGACGUCCCCACUCCGGCCACCACGCUCACCCACCCCUCCCCGCCGGUGUCGUACAGCGGCUCCCAGUCUGACGACGUCCCGAGCACCUCCUACACCCCACCGCCGGAGAAGCUCAAGAUAGUCACGUGCGCGGCGGAGGCGGCGCCGAGGAUAUCCUUCUCGUUUCCCAUCCCGCGCAUCUCAUUCGCCAAGGGCUCCGCGUCGCCGGCCGGCGGCGGCGGCGGCCUCGCGAAGCUCCGGAGCUGCGACGUGUAUAUAGGUUUCCACGGUCAGAAUCCGAAUCUGGUGAGGUUCUGCAAGUGGCUCAAGUCGGAGCUGGAGGUGCAGGGCAUCGCCUCCUUCACGGCGGACAGGGCCAAAUACGCCGAUAGUCAGAGCCACGAGAUUGCAGACAGGGUCAUCUGCUCCGUCGCAUUCGGCGUCGUGAUCAUCACGGAUUACACGCUGCUCAACCACCUGAGCUUGGAGGAGAUCAGAUUCUUCGCUCAGAAGAAGAAUCUCAUCCCUCUCUUCUUCGACACGGAUGCCAAAGAGAUCGCUAGUCUCUUCAACCCCCACGCCGACGGCAACAAGGAGUGUAAGGAGGCACUGGAUGGGCUGAUGAGAUGCCACGACUUUAAACUCGAGACCAAUGAGGGUAAUUGGAGGAGCUGCGUUUCCAAAGCCGUCGGGAUUCUGAGGGGGAAGCUGGGGAGGAAGAGCGUUGCCGACAGGGAAUCAGAUGUUUGCGAGGAGCUGCCGUUUCCGAGAAACAACUUCUUUGUCGGGAGAGAGACCGAGCUUCUGGACAUUGAGACUGCCUUGUUUGGGUGUUGGGAGCAAGAAUGUGAAGCCCAAGGUAGAGGAAACAAGUACAUUAGUUUGGAGGUUGGGAGGUGUAAGGAGCCCAAUUUGGAGGCGUGGGUUGAAGUCGAGCCAACUCCAGUGAAGAGUGCCAAGCACAAGAAGGCCAAGGGCGGCAACGUUGUGUGCAUAACCGGAUCGCCGGGAGUAGGGAAAACGGAGUUGGCGUUGGAGUUUGCUUAUCGCUACUCGCAGAGGUACAAGAUGGUGCUGUGGGUUAGAGGCGAGGCGCGGUAUUUCAGGCAGAAUAUACUUAACAUAUCUGUGAAUAUGGGGUUGGAUGUGAGUGCGGAUGAGGAGAAGGAGAGAGGGAGGAUGCGGAGCUUCGACGAGCAGGAGUCGGAGGCGUUCAAGAGGGUGAAGAGGGAGCUGUUUAGAGACAUGCCUUAUUUGCUGAUUAUUGAUAAUCUUGAAACAGAGAGGGAAUGGUGGGAGGGCAAGGAUCUCCAUGACUUGAUCCCGAGGAACACCGGAGGCACUCAUGUCAUCAUCACCACGAGGCUGUCGAGGGUGAUGAGCUUCGACACGGUGCAACUGCACACGCUGCCCCAGCCCGAUGCAUUGGCGUUGCUGAGAGGGAGGCGGAGGAGGGAGUACCCGGCUGCAGAGCUCGAGUUUCUUGAGAAAUUUGGUGAGAAACUUGGGAGGUCCAGUUUUGGGUUGUGGGUUGUGGGGUGCCUGCUUUCUGAACUCGGGAUUUCACCGUCGAGUCUGUUCGAGGCGCUGAAUGAGGCCGAGCACGAUGAGGAGGCGGCCGGAUGCUCCGGCUUGAGCAGUGAAGAGCAGCAGUUUUGUACAACUAGCCCUUUCCUGAUCAAGGUCUUGUCGUUCUGUGCUGCUGUUUUGCAGCAAACCAAGGGGAACCGGAACCUCCUCGCUUCGAGAAUGCUUCAGGCGGGGGCGUGGUUCGCCCCCGCGCCCAUCCCAGCGAAUUUGCUAGCUGCGGCCGCCAACAAUGUGGCAUCAACGAGGAAUAAGCUGAGGAAAUGGACAAGAUGUCUGAAGCUCGCCCUGGGCUGCUGCUCGGGCUGUGUGUCGAGCCAGAAGGGCGAGGAGGAGGCCGCCCUUCUGUUGGUCCGGCUCGGCUUGGCUUGGAAGGUUAACCGGCAGCCGGGCUGCUGGAUUCAGUUCCACGCCAUCACACAGAUAUUUGCAAGAUGGAAAUACGGGUUGGGUGCAGCUAAGGCCACGGUUCAAGGAGUGAGGAAGCUCGGGAACCCGUUGGCGACAUCCGACCACCUCUGGGCGUCGGCCUUCCUCGUCUUCGGGUUCAAAUCCGAGCCCCCAUUGGUGCAGCUCAAGGCCAUCGACAUGGUGCUCUUCAUCAAGAGAACAGCUUUGCCUCUAGCCAUAGGAGCCUUCUCGACCUUCUCGAGGUGCAACUCGGCCUUAGAGCUCCUGAAGGUGUGCACGAACGUGCUGGAGGAGGUCGAGAAGUCUUUCGUGUCGCAGAUCCAAGACUGGUGCCACGGCUCCCUGUGCUGGAAGAAGGCCCUGCAGUCGAACCAGAGGGUGGACGAGUAUGUAUGGCAGGAAGUGACGCUGCUCAAGGCCGCCCUGCUGGAGACGAGGGCGAGGCUGCUGCUGAGAGGCGGCCACUUCGACAGCGGGGAGGAGCUGUGCCGGACGUGCAUCAGCAUCAGGACGGUGAUGCUCGGCCACAACCACGCGCAGACGCUGGCGGCACAGGAGACGUUGGCCAAGUUGGUGAGGAUGAGGAGCAAGAUAUGAACAUUGUUUUGGUGGCAACCUCAGUUUUGUUCACAAUGUAUUUGUUUCUUGCUUCUGUUGCUACUUACUUAGGUUAAAAAAUUUACAGAUUCUUUUUGGAAUCGCACUUUGUGUUGUUCAUCACUGUUUUUCCACGUAUAGCUAGAAGCUCGAUCGCACAAGUUGAUCCAUUAGUUACUUGAUUGACUUCUGCCGAUGAAAUUUUGGACUAUAAACUGAUUUUAGACUCGAAUUUA